AUGCUUCGACGGCACGGCUGGCCUAGUUUUCUGUGUUUGCAAGAAGUGAAGAUUGCCCCUAGUGAUGAGGCUUCACAGCGCCAGCUCGUCAAAGCCGCCAAUGACUCGGCGCUCCCAGAUGAGCCACUCUAUGAGGCUGUGUUCUCAUUGCCUCGAGAUCGUUUCAAUGCUCGCGGCUUCGGAGGCAAAGUCCACGGCGUUGCAACGCUGUAUCGUAAGGACUUAGACGCCUUUCGGACCAGAAAGCCGGAGUGGGAUUUGGAAGGCCGCAUUUUACUACACGAACUACCGUGUGGACUCGUGGUCAUGAACGGGUAUUGGGUCAAUGGCACCGAUCAUCCUAUCGGAACUCACUUACAGAAAAAAGGCAAACCUGUUGUUCUGGUUGGGGAUAUGAACGUCGCACGUUCGCGUAUCGAUGGACACCCAAAUCUCCGGACCUCGCCGCAUCAACACGUCGUCAACAGGAAAGACUUCAACGAGCGAUUUUUCGAGGACGAAGACGGCAUGAAGGGUAUCGAUCUGUUCAGACACGUCCAUGGGAACGCGAGAAAGUACACCUGGCAUUCCACCUCCCAUGCCCAUGGCAGCGUCUGUGAUAGGGUCGACUAUGUCAUCGUCUCGAGGUUGCUGACCGAGUCCCACGCCAUCACCGAUACUGAUAUCUGUGACAACGCGGCGGACAAGCUUCAUUCUGACCAUGUGCCCAUCUGGCUCGAUGUCAACAUUCCGAAGCUUGAAAGUUCGCUGGCGGCCCCUUCGAAUCAUGAUGGGUCCUAG